GCCCUCUUACCGGAUGCGGAUACGUACUUUAGUGGCAUUUCGAGUUAUUCCUGUUGGGAAGGUAUGAGCUGCAAAUAUAAUGUAAAUAUUUUCUAAACAAAUUGCAAAUUAGCUUUGUUAAGGUUAAGACCUUGUUGUAUAUUUAAGAGCUGGUCAUGCUGCAUUGACACAAAGCAAAGGUGUCAUAGCCCCGCUGUUGCUAAUUGGUUAUGUCGGGCCAGUCAACUUUGGCGCCUUUGCUACUUCCCACAAUACUUCAUGAUUCAAGAGGCUGUUUCAGUGCUGUUCCGGUAAUGUUUACUAAAACACUUAUUUGUUGUGAAGACAAUCCAUGAAAGCGGCGUACGUCUAAUAUACUGGAGAAGAAUGGCCCCAGAGACUCACUCAGUGGUACGUGCUGCCCAGGCCUGGCUGCUGUCGUCCUGGCAUGUACAGGUGCCUUUUGCCUGGCUAGACGCCUGUGUAGACUGGCUUCAAGCAGAGGCAGGAGGAGCAGCUCGUCUGCCACAGCAGCAAAUUAAUCAACAGGUGUUGGACCAGUGGCUCUUAACAGACUUGAGAGACCUGGACCAUCCUGUUCUCCCUGAGGGGUUGGCUCAGGCUCAGAAGACAGAACUAAGUGGUACCUUCUGUGUGCAGGUUGACUCAUUUUUGGACAUCAGUCAGCCUGCAUAUGGUCAGCUGCAGAAGUGGAGGGGUACAGAUUGCAUGAAUGACGAGGUGUCUGCUGUCACACAGACCAGUCAGAAGCCCUGGGAAGUCAAACCAACUCGUAUGCUGCUUCUACAGGUAACAGAUGGAGUCCAAAGCUUGGAGGCCAUGGAGUAUCAGACUAUUCCUGCACUUAGUGCAGCACUCAGGCCUGGUGCAAAGCUGCAGUUGCAGGGACAGAUGGUUUGCAGACUUGGUGUGCUACUUUUGGGGCCAUCCAAUGUCAAGGUUCUGGGUGGUGAAGUGGAGGACUUGGUAGACAGGAAUAAUAAGGGCAGGGUACUCUGUCGGACACUGGGUCUUCCUGAGGAACAGCAGCAAGAGGGUGAGGAGGCAGCUGCACCCCAACAAGAAAACCAAGAAAUGGAGGACCUGGAGGUCAAUGAUGCAGAGUUGUUGGCCAGUUUAGAGGCACAGGGGGAUGCUGAUGGCUUUGGUGCUCUGCAGGGGACAUCCACCGUCUCUUCAAUCAGCUCCUCUAUUAGCAGCCAUAUCUCAAUCAGAGGUGAAACCUCUCAUAGAGGUGGCUUGAACCAGAGCAACAGAGGUGGUUCAGUAGAAGGCCAUCACAGCAGUGGUGACCGAGAAAACUCUGGCCAUGUUGUAUUCGUACCUCCUGAUGUGUUUAAUCAAGACAUCCGAGAGGACAACAUGACAGAAGAUUUUCCUGAUGAAGAGUUUGAUGAUCUUCCCCUGGAUGAGUUGGACAGCGUCAUUUUUCUGGAAAGUGAAAAUCUUACCUCACACUCCGACAGUCGUCACAAAAACACACCACAGAAUAGCAUCAGAAAUAUCGGAAAUCCCAGACAUAUGGACACAGGACCAAAACCCCAAGCUACUCAUUUUGAACCCCAUGCUUUGAGUAACUCCGGGUCACGCAACUCCAGAUCUAAUCCACAGAAAAGAGACUACCAAGGAUGCACGAGGGACGCUUCAAGUCCUUUAAUCACAGCAUCUUCCAAGUCGUCUCUUCCUUCAACAGCUUUAGAGCGAUCACAUGGAUUGAAAUUUGCUUCUAAUGAUGAGAAGGAUUUUAUAGAUGAUGACAUGGAUUGCCUUUUUCAAGAGGUUGAUGCCAGCAGAGUACAAACUGAGAGGAGUGGAGGAAUGGUUCAGCUCCAUGUUGAAGAGGGACCUAGUAGAGCCAGAGAGAGCCCUGUGAGCAAAACGGAGGCCUCAAGCUCCAGUUGUAGACCAAAAACUGUAUCCAGUAUAUAUCAAGAAAAAUGUUACAGCUCAAACACUUCGGAUUUGAAUAGAGUAGCUUCAGAUCAGACUAGCAGCAGAGUCCCUGAUGUCUCUCUCACCUCUCCACCUUUCACCUAUUUAUGCCUGCUAGAAGAGUUAAUGUCCAAACCACACUUCCACACCACCGAGAUCCAAGUCAAAGCUUUCAUUGUGACUCUUCUGGGGAAACUGAGCAGCAAUAACGGUGUUUGGCGCGUCUGUGCUACAAUAUCUGAUGGAACCAGCUACCUGGAUGUUGAGCUGUCCAAUGACGUUUUGACAAGCCUGCUGGGCUUCUCUGUCGCAGAGAAGGGGGCUCUGAAGCGAGACCCAUCCCGAAGAGGUGAGCUGGAGGCUGGAAUGAAGAGAUGCCAGGAAGAGCUUGUGGACAUGUGCUGCCUCAUGAAAAUUGUGGUUGAACCAGGGGGCAGAAAAGCUGUGGUGGCCAGAGCUGACCCUGUGAAUGAGAGAGUGCUGAAGGAGUUGGAGCACAGGAUGAGAGAGAGGAAAAAAUAAACGCAGAGGACUGGCUGAGUGGAAGUAGGCGAUAAUGAGAAAAUUACCCACUACAGAAAGGUAUAUUGCCCUUAAGCAGAGAGGAAAAAGUGCCAAUAAAACUGAGGGAAAUGUUUCAGAAAGAAAAUUUUCCCUUGAUGUAAUGAAAUGGGUAUGUUUUUCUAAAGGAAUAGAACGGUGAUCAACCUACCUCUCUUCUUCAGAUGUAGAGAGCAGUAGGUGUGAACUGCUUUUUGUUGCAAUGCAUCCCAUCUGCUAUAUCUGAAUGUGGCAUUCUGCCGUUUGUCUUUAGAAAAUUUCAUUCAUCUACUCAUUUUUAUCCAUACAGGCUUUAAAUCUACUGCAUCACUCUUUUCAUAAAUUAAAGGUGGAAAGAGGUUGCUCUGCUAAAAUAUUAAUAUAUAUUAAUUAUUGGUUGUCAGAAUAUUAGCUCAGACUACUCACAGAUGAGCAUCUAAAAUUCUAUAUGACACUGAAAACAACACGAAGAGAAGGUUGGAGAGGAGAGAAGGGAAAUGGGGGUGUUCAUUCUCUUGAUUGCAGUAAUGAAUUGCCAGCCUUUGCAUUCAUUCAGCGCAACCAUUACUUCUGACUGAAAAGUGAUUGAAUCGCCAAGGGCAGCACGACUCUUUAAUAAACUUCUCCAGAGGAGAAUGAGAGUAAAGGAAGAUAAAGGAGAAGCCAAGAGGUUUGAUUAUUUCUCUUUGUUACACAACCUUAUAUGUGUUUUUGUUUUUAAUUUUACUGCCAUGUUUGUAUUUUCUGCAUUUGGAAAUAAAAUUCCUCUCAAGGUU